GAAGGAUGCUGUGUAGUAGAAAGGGAAGCGGGCGGGAGGGGGAGGAGUGAGCAGCUCCCCUGUCUCUACGUCAGGAGCCAUCACAGGAGCGCACAGGAGCCACUUUCUGCUGAAGGAUCCGGGUGACUCCCUGCGCCGAUAUCAUCCCAGUCGCCCUAAAAUGCGCUGACCUCUUCAUCCCAAAGAGUUUGGUGUCUGAGUGGUGACCAGCAGCAGAGCAGGGAGCUGUCCACGGUCCUGCCUGGAUCAGUCCACAGAAAUCCACAGCAGACACUCAUGUGCUGAUCUCUCCCGUCCUCUGCAGCAUCUCUUCGCCUCCUCCAAGCAUCCAAGAUGGACGACGACGAGCGCUACCGAGACGGCCGCUCAGACUUCAUCCGCGGCGCCAAAGACAUUGCCAAAGUUGCCAAGAAGCAGGUCGGCAAAAAGGUCGGACGCGGCGUGGACAAGAUGGCCGACGAGUACGUCAAGCGCUCCUACAAGCGCUUUGAAGAGGAAGACGACGACGACGAUUACGCGGGCGUGCCGAGCAAUGAUGGUGGAUAUUACCGGAACGACAGCCGAGCCAACGACGAUGGAGGCCACAGCGACUCCACCGAAGGUCACGACGAGGAUGAUGAGAUUUAUGAGGGUGAGUACCAGGGCAUUCCUCGGGGUGACUCUGGGAAAACCGGCGGCAUGGAUGGCAUGGCAGUCGCCGAGGCGCAGCAGUUCAGGGACCUGUCGGCGUUUGAGGGCGAGGUGCGGAAGGACCGGGAGGAGCUGGCCCAGCAGUACGAGACCAUCCUGCAGGAAUGCGGCCACGGAAAGUUCCAGUGGACUCUCUACUUUGUUCUGGGACUGGCGCUGAUGGCCGACGGCGUGGAGAUCUUUGUGGUCGGCUUCGUGCUUCCCAGUGCGGAGAAGGACAUGUGCCUGUCAGAGCCGAACAAAGGCAUGCUGGGUCUGAUCGUUUACCUGGGGAUGAUGGUUGGAGCCUUCGUCUGGGGCGGCCUGGCUGAUCGGAUCGGUCGGAGACAGACCCUGCUCAUUUCGCUCUCCAUAAACAGUGUGUUUGCCUUCUUCUCGUCCUUCGUCCAGGGAUACAGCUCCUUCCUUUUCUGCCGUUUGGCCUCUGGCGUCGGCAUCGGAGGCUCCAUCCCGAUUGUGUUUUCUUAUUAUUCUGAGUUCCUGGCCCAGGAGAAGCGUGGAGAGCACCUGAGCUGGCUCUGCAUGUUCUGGAUGAUCGGUGGUAUCUACGCCUCCGCCAUGGCCUGGGCCAUCAUCCCACACUACGGUUGGAGCUUUCAGAUGGGCUCGGCCUACCAGUUCCACAGCUGGAGGGUUUUUGUUCUGGUGUGUGCCUUCCCGUCUGUGGCCGCCAUCUCUGCCCUCUCCACCAUGCCUGAGAGCCCCCGCUUCUACCUGGAGAACGGGAAGCAUGACGAGGCGUGGAUGAUUCUGAAGCAGGUCCAUGACACCAACAUGAGGGCCAAAGGUUACCCAGAAAGGGUCUUCUCUGUGACCACCAUUAAAACGGUGAAGCAGAUAGACGAGCUGGUGAAUAUGAGCGACAGUGCGGCCUGGCAUGAGAAAUGGAGGCUAAAACUCUCCUCACUUUUCCAUCAGGUGUGGAAUAAUUUCCAAACCGUUUUCUCCCCUGAGUACCGCCGCACCACCUACAUGAUGAUGGCCGUGUGGUUCUCCAUGUCCUUCAGCUACUACGGUCUGACUGUGUGGUUCCCUGACAUGAUCAAGUACCUGCAAAAGCAGGAGUAUGCCUCGCGCACCAAGGUGUUUGUCAAGGAGAAAGUGGAGCAUGUCACCUUUAACUUCACUCUGGAGAACCAGGUCCACCGUCAGGGGCAGUACUUCAACGACAAGUUCAUGAAUGUGAAAAUGAGAUCUAUGGUGUUUGAAGAUUCGCUGUUUGAAGAGUGUUACUUUGAGGAUAUCACCUCCAGCAACACUUUUUUCAAGAACUGCACAUUUAUUGCCACCCUCUUUUACAACACUGAUCUUUUUAAAUACCGUCUGAUCAACUGUAAGCUCAUAAACAGCACUUUCCUGCACAACAAAGAAGGCUGCCUGCUCAGUGAUGUCAGUGAUGAAAAUAACGCCUACAUGGUCUACUUCGUCAGCUUCCUGGGUACCUUGGCAGUGUUGCCGGGUAACAUUGUGUCUGCGCUCCUCAUGGACAAGAUUGGGCGUUUGAGGAUGCUUGCCGGCUCCAGCGUCAUCUCUUGCAUCAGCUGUUUCUUCCUGUCUUUCGGCAACAGCGAGUCAGCCAUGAUCGCUCUGCUGUGCCUGUUUGGUGGGAUCAGCAUCGCCUCCUGGAACUCCCUGGAUGUGCUGACCGUCGAGCUCUAUCCGUCUCACAAUAGAACCACUGCUUUUGGCUUCCUCAACGCUCUGUGUAAAUUAGCGGCCGUGCUCGGCAUCAGCAUCUUCACGUCAUUCGUUGGCAUAACCAAGGCCGUGCCCAUCCUGUUUGCCUCCGGAGCGCUGGCAGCAGGCAGUUUUCUCGCCCUCAAACUACCAGAGACGCGGGGUCAAGUGCUCCAAUAGUGUGGCACCGGCAGCUCUGCAGAGGGCAGCAGAGCUUUAGCCACCCUGCAGAGGAAACGGCUCAAAAGUUCAUCAAUUCGUGCCCUCUGAACCCACCCCACACUCACCUACAUCCACAGUAAAACGGUAAACUACAACAUGAAUUUGUUAAGGUGCAACAUUCAGCCAUGAGAGUAAAGGUUAGUCCUGUUGCUGCAUCCUGAUAAUUCCAGAAAAAGAUGAUGUUUGUUGAUGUUUACUAAAGUCUGGAGAUGAAAAAAAACAACAGUAAACCAAUGUAGAUGUAACUCCAUUAAGUUUUGUCCCCCUCAGUGUAAAACCAUCCAGGGUUGGAGGUCAGUGACUCUGAUAGUUAGUAACGCAAACAGACUCAGAAAUGACCACUAGCCAUCAUUGCAGAAUUGUCCGUAUUCACCGUCAUUCUUUUGAGCAACAUCAACUCACCCUUGAAGUUGUGAGUUUCUCAUCUUUGUUGGACAUCUGCUCAAAAAUGCAACAAUUCCUGUCUUGAUUGGAAGCAUUUUUGACUCUGCGGGGGAACGUCUUGGUGUUCCUUACUCUGUUUCUCCUGAGGUCUUGUGUUGGUGUCUAGACUAACUGCCAUUUUGUAGAUAAUAGAACAUUCCAGGUUUGCUUUUGUUAUCGUUACAAAUCGGAGAUUAAUCUCCCUCCCUUUAUGGCAUCACUUUGGAUCGCACCAGAACAGGGAUGAGUUCGAGACAAGUUUUCUGUGUCUGUCCAUCUAAAGCACAACCAUUUGUCAUGAGAACAUUUUCCCAAGGAAAAUGUUCAGAAUCUCCCAGUUAGCCGUUAUUCCAGUCAAACUGUACAUCCCGUUGUGAGAACUGCCUUUUCCCUUCUCCUUUAUGAAUAUACAGGAUGUGUGUCUUUAAGAUGUUUCAGAGGGUGUUAUGCAUGUCACAAAGUAUGAACUGUAUGUAAACUUGAAAAUCCAGACUAUAACAUGUAAACAGAGUUUUACUACAUUUGCUCAUAUAUUGUUCUCUAUCAAAUUUCUGUAGUAUUUUGGCAGGACACUAGUUCUAUAUUUCUUGAUACCUUUAACAGACUUUCCCAGGUGUUUUGGAGCACACUGCACGAAACGUUGCAAAACUUGAAAUGUCUGAAAGAAGAUCAUGAUUGAUGUAGAGAAGUUAAUCUAGUCACGUUUAAGUUUUCACUGAGGACUCAAAAUUUAAGCUAUUGUGGGUCAUCUUUGCAACUGAAACCUGACAAAUGGUUGUUUAUUUAUUAAGUCUGUAAUCAUUCCACAAAUGCACCUUUGUUUCUUUUUUUUUACAAUGACAGGGGUGGGGCGGUUUGGAAAAUCGGUGGUUUAGUCAGGUUAGCGCACCAUGAAUACCAGCCUACAGAAAAAUCAUCUGUUAAACCUUUUGUAGAUGUUCAGCACACCAAACUUAAAUUUAUUAAAACUUACUUUCUAUAUUUGGUGAAUUCACCAACUCCCUCACAAUUCCUUAUAUUAACUUAUUCCUUUCUACCUGAUUCCUUUUUUGUGUUAGUAAAUAUUCAGUGGUUGCAUAGAUGAGCUAACAUAUGGGCUGUGCAGCUGCUAGCAUUAGAUAAUGCUAAGUAUUUCACUCUGGUCUCAGUUUUAUCCACUUCAAACACUUGCUCAAUAGUUAUGGAAAAACUAAAAAACAUCGUAGCUGGUGUUCACUUCAGUUUGAACAAUACGCUAUGCAUACUGUGCAUCAAUUUAUUAUGAGUAGCUACCAUUAGCACGUGAAAUAGGAGACCCAAUCAUCUAAAUCCUCUCAUUUAACCAAACAAUACUUCUGCUGGUACCGUCCAACUCUGAGUAUUGCUGCUGGUUUCUGCAACUUCAGGAUGUUGAUGCUCCAGGACUUUUAGUUGUUAAUGACUCACAAGUCCUGAACUGAAACAUGUUUGAAGUUUACCUUCAUCCUGAUUAACUGAUAUUGGAUAACAAGCUUUUAUGAGUUAGAUAUAUUAAAUUCAGGCGCGUGUAACACCAUCAGGGCUACACCUUUAACCUGAUUUUUGUUAGAACACAGAACUGAUUGGGACAUUAAUUUAACAUGCAGGAUAAUUCUGUCUUUUCCUGGACUUUAGCAUAUGAUAGGAGCAAGACAUAAAAGCACACUUAUCAGAAAGGGAUCACUAACAAUUAUCAUAUGUUCCAUACAGAUCACAUGCAUUCCCACUUGGUAUAUUAUAUUCACAGCUGCUUUCCAACAUUUGGAAAAGCAAUCAUGUCAGACUAGUUUUUCUUGUCCAAACUGCCAUUUUGUAGGAUAGCAGCCAUAUGUAGUUUCAAUUGAAUAUAUAGCCAAACCGCUGCACUAAGAGUGCAUUGUGCACAAUUCUGAGAGCCUUGUGUUUGACACUCAUCCUGAUGCGCAUUAGGCUGGACAAGCUUUGAAGAACCAGGGGAACAUUUAUUGAAAGCACAACCACAAUCUACCAAAUGAUGAUGUUGUGAAGAUGCUGUAGGUUUACACAGUUCGGCAAAAAGAAAAUGACCCCUCGUUUAUUGGCAUUUACUUUACACUGAUCUAGAUUUGUCACCUGAUCCAUCAUCUAUUCGUGUGCCAUGAGUACCACCUUUCAUGAAUUAUUGCCAAAUAUUUUCUGUGGCCUGAGUUUACACAUUAUGACAAGAGAUCUGCUAUAGAUAUAAAUAUAUGUAAAUAAAAUAAACUAUAAUAGAACUAAUAGGAUUUUUAAAUGAUUUCCCCCCAUGGUCUUUACAAUACUAAAGUAGUUUUUUUUCUGUUGGGCAUGUAGAGCAGAAACACUUUAAUUUUCUCUCUGAAAAUUAUUCAAAACACUGAGUUUGACAGUUCAGGUGCCCUAGUAAAAAAAUCUCUGACUUGCAAAAAAUUUCAGAAGCCAAAAUAAUUAUCAGGCUACAUUGCAAAAUGUCCAUCACACCCUCUCAGAAGCACACUGAUAGAGCCUGAGAAAACAGGAACCACACAUGUAAGAAAUAAAUUCUCUGCAGACCGGCCCGCGUCACACAUCAUGCGGUAAAAAACAAAGUCAAGAUUACUCUGUUUUAGCAGAGAGUGCUGUUAAAAUGCUAACACGCUUCUCUCAUACAUAUCUAAGCCUAUGUUACAGGGUGUUUUUGUAUAAUUAACGUGUUGCCUAGGCAACAGUCAAUUGUGAGUGCAAAAAGUUAACAAAGCAAUAAGUGUUUGAGUGUUUGUCUCUUACAAAGUUGUUGGCAGUUGAAGCACAUUACUACAUGCCGGCCUUUUUCCACUGAAGGGGUUGUUUAGCGUAUUUGAAUUGUGGCUGUGUGGAGUAGUGUUGAGCUGUUAGCGUCUUACCUGCAGUAGACAGCUGAUCUGAGCAGGGAAGAUUAAAAGAAAAUUCCCACCUGAAAUAAAAAACAAUUCUAAACUUUUCUAAACGUUUGGCUUGUUUAAGAUGGAGAAAAUUCACUCCUUAACAUGUCUGUUCCUUUAAAGUUUUAACUCCACCUCUCAAUGAGAUUUUCUUUUUGAAUCAUCAAUCUGAAAUCGCUCUGACUGCUGUGUUUUUCAUGUAAGAGACUGACUGUUCAGAACUACUCCGCACAACAUUGCAUCAAAAAUAAACUCUCCCACUAAUAUGAAGACAUGAAAUAAAAAAAGCUAACAUUUGUGUGAGACUCUCUAAAUCCACUCUUGGUCUUGAGGCUUCUGUCGAUACAAGUGCAUCACCAUAAAUUAAAUGUAACAAAGAAUUAUCACCUUUGUCACUGUACUGUGCUGUAGAAACUGUAGUUGAUUGUUUGUAAGUAUAGAAACUGUGGAAUCAAAUAUACAAAAGUGAUAAAAAAAAAAGUGUAAAUGAACAAUGCUGUAUGUUGUCUUUUGAUUUUGUAAAUGAGAAUGAGAUAAUACAGUAAAAUCAUCAAUGUCAAACACCAGUUAUGGAUCAUAGUUAGAUUAAAAGAUGCAGUUUUGUUUAGAGGUGUGUGAGAUUUCUCCAUGUUGAUUUUUGAUCAGGAUCGCACUUUGAUGCAAUCCUUUGGAACUAUAACAAAACGUUAUGAAAAUAAUUAACAAUAAACAAGUGGAAAAGAUA